AUGGCAGAGGCGAGCGACGUCGCAGGGAUGUCUCAGGCGACGAGUGAGGGGAGUCGCAUGAAGGUGCUCUUCGUCGAGAUGGGUGUGGGAUACGACCAGCACGGGCAGAAUGUCACCAAGGCAGCGAUAAAGGCGUGUCGAAACGCCAUCACGUCCAACUCCAUCCCCGCCUUCCGCACAGGUGCCAUCCCAGGUGUAUCGUGGCAGCAGAUGAAGCUUCAGGUGCGCCUAGGCGUGCCCAGGGAGCUUCAGUCUGGCCUGGAUAUUGACCAACACGUUGUCAUGUGUGCUGGCAGUGGUGAAAUCAUUGGCGUGGAAGUGGUUGAUGGUGGCCUCAUCUCUAGCUCCGCAGCGCUACGAGCGCGCAGCCUUCAGGCUAACCAUCGCCGCGCUCUCGCCAACCCGUCCCUCGUCGCCGUGCGUCUCCCAGCACACAGAGGAUCCACAUCCCUCUCCACACCUGCCAACCUUACUGCACCCACGCGUCUAGCCAUCCGCGCGGACUCCACAAAUCCCUCCACGCCCGAGCCUGCCACCUCUCCCGCACCUCCCGCCAGCCCCGGAUUCGGGCUCGGAGGUCCGGGGACGUGGUUCGGAUUCGGAUCGCUGCAGGAGCUCAGCGUGGGUCGCCUCGCUAUGGUCGGCUUCGCAAGCGCGCUUACGAUGGAAGUCAUCACAGGCAAGGGCGUGUUCGGUCAACUCGGAAUCGACCCCCUCGCGAUCCGCUUCCCGUUCCUCGCGGGACUCACGUUUCUGCUUUUAGGAGGGCUUCUCGGCGGCUGGGUGGUUAUUAACAACCCGCCGGAUGUUUCUAAGGCGCCGCCGAAUGCGGGCGCGGGCGUGCCGCGCGAUCCGUUCAGCAAAAGCGCGCUCGACCCGCUGUUGACAUACACGCGCGGGGUGGAGGUGGAGGGGGAGGAUGGCAAGCCCGUGGUUCUUCCAAUUGCGUCCGACCUGAAGCCGCUUGAUAAAUAA